CACCAACCCGACGACAACGACCAGUUUCGACAAACCGCAAAGAUGGGUAUCGAUCUCGACGCACACCAUGUCCGCAGCACGCACCGCAAGGCGCCCAAGUCUGACAACGUCUACUUGAAGCUGCUCGUCAAGCUGUACCGCUUCUUGGCCCGCCGCACCGAGUCCUCCUUCAACAAGGUCGUCCUCCGCCGCCUCUUCAUGUCGCGCAUCAACCGCCCCCCCGUCUCCCUCUCCAGGAUCGUCGCCAACGUCUCCGAGAAGUCCAACAACAAGACCGUCGUCAUCAUCGGCACCGUCACCGACGACAACCGUCUCCUGACCGUCCCCAAGCUCAGCGUUGCGGCCCUCCGCUUCACCGCCACUGCCCGCGCCCGCAUCCUGGCCGCUGGUGGUGAGAUCCUCACCCUGGAUCAGCUUGCUCUCCGUGCUCCUACCGGAAGCAACACCCUCCUCCUCCGUGGACCCAAGAACGCCCGUGAGGCUGUUAAGCACUUCGGCAUGGGUCCUCACAAGCACAAGAAACCCAAGGUCGAGUCCAAGGGCCGCAAGUUCGAGAAGGCUCGUGGACGUCGUGCGUCGAGAGGUUUCAAGGUCUAAGCGCAUCGUCUUUUCUGAUGGUGACGUUUAUCUUGAGUCUGGUGGAGGUGGUGGGAUUACGGGCUGGGAUUGGCGUGGGGGAUUGCACUCUGGCGUCAAUAGUUUGUGUCCGAGGGGGGUAGGAAUAACAACCCUUCUUGCUUUUUGCUUGAUGGGGCGAGUAGAAAUGAAAAUGAAAACUACAAG